GAGAAGAAGAGCAUCCACUGGACGUGUUGGAUGGUGGUGGUGGUGCAGAGAAGACUUAUUUGCCACUUCAAGCCACUGCUCAUGAACCGGGUUUGUUUUGAUAGCGGACGAAACAGGGGUGCAGUAUGCCGACAAACAACGCAGGUUCUUCGAACGGGGUACAAUUCGCCUACGGUCCAACGAAACGCCCUCCCUUGCGGAACGGUCCAGAACACCUGGUGUCGAUCAGAGCUAACACAACAGGCCCGAACAUGACCACAGACGGAGACAUCAAUGGUUCAGAGGGAAAUAACAAUGCGGCGUCUACUUUUACUUCCGAGCGUAACAAUUCGUCUGCUGUCGCCGAAUGCACGGAUGAUGAGGAUCCUUCUUUUAACAGGGAAGGAAGCUAUGCUCCCCAAGAGGAACAAGUGCGAAAAAAGCCAGCAAACUCAAAGAAAGCACAGAAAAACAAUUAUCGUGAUAGAGCCAACACACCAGGCCCGAACAUGACCACGAAUGGAAACAUGCAUAGUUCAGAGGGAAAUAAAAACGUUUCGACUACUUUUGCUCCCGAGCGUAUUGACUCGGCGACUGUCGGCGAAUGCACGGAUGAUGAGGACAUUUAUUUAAAAUCUCCUGGAAACUAUGCUCCCCAUGAGGAACAAGUACGAAGCGAUACAGCAAACUCAAAUGAAAAGCCGACACCUGCACCAAAGCUGGAAAUGGAGAAAAGUAGACGGAGAGCCUGGAUUGGUGGAUUGAUAGUUAUUAUAAUUGCCUUCUUCUUUUGUUUCAUUCUACAAAACCGGUACAAACCGGUUGAAGGUGAAUCAUUCUAUAAGCUAGGAACCACCUACCCAACCGUAGAUCAAAACCUAUGGCAGAUGCUGAACGUUAGUGUCCGGCGUGCCAUCACCACCGUCGACAAUCCUGAACCCGGAACCAUACUGUUCCUCCACUACGGCCCCACCGAUAUACUGGAUGGGCUCAUUGACAGUGUGAUCGCGGUAACGACCAGUCACUUCGGGAACACGGACGCGAUCCGGCUGCCCGGAGCACACUUCAAGCGCUCCGACAUCCAGCAAGACUUUGGCGUGUUCGUGGCGCAGCAAAAGGAAGCCUUGCGGAAGCGAAACGUAAUGCUGGUGCGAAAUCUUGAAGAUGUGCCGGCACGGUCUGCUCGAGCAUUUCACACGAUUUGUGACACCCAAGAGCCACUGGUGGGCAGGGCGGUCAUUUAUCUAACCCUCGAUAUGGCCAAGGCAGCUGGCAUGCACGAACCGAGCAAUGUCAAUGCCAUAGAGGAAGCGGAACGCUUUUUGCAGAAGCUGUGGGGAGAUUCGUUAGAACCGGCAGUGCUAGGUCCGCUGAUUACCCGGCUGACGGAUAAUGUGUUCCGGAUUGUUUGAGGAAGUUAGCUGGUAGAGAGGUCCUGAAAACAGCGGUUGUGUUCCCAUCGGAGGAUUCGAAGUCCUCGUACGCCGGAAUAUUGCGAGUAUUGCAUCCGAUUGCGUGUCCAAGGCAUGUGAAACUGUUCUUUAAAUUAAAGCAUACAUUUUUGUUCGGACGAUGGAGAUUUUUCCCACAUAGCUAAGACGAAUAAAUUAACUAAUUCGCAUUGAACCGCUUGAUGUUGUCAUGCUGUCGAAGAAAA